GAGCCCCUCGGCGCCAUGGCCUGCUGCCUCCAGCUCUCGGACCCCAGCGCGCUCAGCUUCCUGCAGGAGACCGCCCAGCUGCUCUCCCCGCCGGAGCCCAUGGGCAGGAAGCCAGACAGGCCGCGGGCCCGGGACGCUCUCGAGCCCUUGGAUGCCCUGAGCCUCAUCAGCCUGCACUGCGCCAGCCUCGGCGCCAAGCCCGCGGAUCGGGGCGAGCGCGCAGAGCCCGGCGCGGGUGCCCGGGAGAGAAUCCCCGGUGCCCACGCCAAAGGGCUCCUCGCCCGGCGCCAGCGCGCAAUCGGCGCGGAGGCGCAGCGCGAGACGGACGCCUUCCCCGCGACCGAGUCGCCGCGGGCCGGGAGGCGAGUCUCCCGCAAGCAGCCCAGACCCCAGCGGAGCUGCGAGGCCAGGGACGCCGCCUUCCAGGGGGUCACGUUUCGGAUGCAGCUGAGCUUCUGCCGAAAGAGCUCCGGGGGUUGUCGGCUCCUCAUCCGCCCGCGAUACAGCAGUGGAAAACUUGGGAAAAGAAGCCGAACCCCUUUAGCAAGAGAAGAAUGCAGAGCUGGCAGUUCCAAGGAGGAAGAAGGAUGUCCCUCUACCCACAGGGAUAAGUGCUGUGCUUCUUGCAAGACCAGGAAAACACCACUAUGGAGAGAUGCUGAAGAUGGGACCCCCCUCUGUAAUGCUUGUGGCAUUAGGUACAAAAAGUACAGAAUCCGGUGUUUUCAGUGCUGGAAUAUUCCAAAGCAUGGUGGGAAUCCCUUUUCUCAUUGUUCCAGUUGUGGACGCAGGCUGCAUUUAGUUGCUGCCCAGGAGAAAUCUCGGAAAAGAUGUGGAAGCUUUCUAAGGGUUUGCAGUUAGCUGGAUAUCAAAACAGCUCUUGGGAAAUCUGGCUGACUUGUCGGAAGGGUCUGGCUGAACAGCCUAGUAGAUUGGUCAUUAGGAGGUUCAGUGGAUGAAGGGCUCUUCUUUGUUUGUCUUUGUCUUUUGUUUGUACGCUGCUUUUGUUUUUGAAGUCAGUGCUAUGUGUCGUAUGUUGGGUGUUUGUUUGCAGUGUGUGGGAGGAGGCAGGAAAGAAGGGGAUGUUUUUUGCAAGGAAAAAAGUGUUUGUUUCCAUUAACUUCCAUAAGCAAUUGGGGCUACAUGCUGGAACAGAAUGCAACGUUCCCAUUGAGGAUGGACAUAUUGAAAUUGCUUUCAGGCAGUGAUUCCCACCCAACCUUUUAGCACUUUGGGUUGCUGCCUCCUUGUUAAUAGUUCUUUGUAGCGAUGGACUGGAAAGUACAAAGAAACAUUUCCACAAAGUACAAACUUUGGGAACAGCAGUCAUUGAGCAGUUGUGGUGGGGGAGGGAGUUUGUUUAAAAGACAUGAAAUGAAGCUCCUUCAUGAAUUCCUGAUGAUUUUCUAUUGCACUAAAUAUGGCAAGUGUAAAUAUAUAAUAUUUAUGAUACAAAAUAUUUAUAUACUUGAUUCAAAUAUUUGUUAGGGAUGCUGAUGAAUAUCCUUUGUUAGUAAAACACGCAGCAUUGCUGAAUGUGUCUCAGAAAGUGUGUCCAACCAGGAUUGUGCCAUGUGGCACUUUUCAAAGUGGUAUUUAUUUUUGUAAAUAGUGUUUAUAUUUGAGGUAUUUGUUUUCUGUAUUCUCCCUUACAUAGCACAGCCAAAAGAAAAUGAAAAUAAAACAUGUUGUGAAAUUGAAAGCAAUUACUCUGAUUUUCCUGUAAUAUUUUGCUUACUAUCCCAAGUCAAGGUUUUGUUCAAGAGUACUGAGCUUCUUGAUUGUUAUUUUGCUGGUUAUAAGCUUCUGCAAUAAAUAUCAUUUAUUGUAACUAAGUGUAGGAAAUUCUUUUAACUCCUAAUUUUUCAGUCAAACUUGGAAUAAAGCUUUGAGGGGAAGGGAAGCAGGAAAAGUAGCCUGAGAAAUACACAAUUGAAUUUAGGUGUGGUUAGG